AUGGCGCCGCUGCCACACAACCUCCAUCCCUGCCUACGCCGCCUAGACCUCCUCGUCGUCGUCGUGACGGUCGUCUCUGCGGGGUCCUCGCCGGAGAGCGACUUGUACGCUCUCUCCAAGCUCAAGUCCGCCCUACUCUCCGGGAGCGUCCGCAACAGUCCUUUGCUUGCUGACUGGGACAUCGAGACAUCGGCGUCAGGCGGCAUAUCAUCCCGGACAAACCAUUGCAACUUCUCUGGGAUCAAAUGCGACGCCUCCAACCGCGUCGUCGCCAUCAACCUCACCGGCGUCCCUCUCCAUGGCGGCGUGCUUCCAAGCGAGGUCUCGCUACUGGACGCUCUCUCCAGCCUCACCAUCGCCUCGUGCUCCUUGUCAGGCGUUGUACCCGCAUCACUCGCCUCAAUGCCUCUCCUUCGCCACCUCAACCUCUCCAUCAACAACAUCUCCGGCUCCUUUCCGUCCCGAUCGGCACCGCCGUACUUCCCAUUUGCGAAGGUCAUCAAUGUCUUCGGCAACAACCUCACCGGUCCCCUCCCACCUUUUGGCAUGUCGCUCGCAAGGAUGCGGCACCUGGACCUUGGCUGGAACCACUUCUCAGGCGGUGUACCCGAGGAGUACGGUGACAUGAACGAGCUCGAGUUCCUCGCGCUCGAUGGUAACUCGCUAUCCGGCCUUGUGCCGCCGUCACUCUCAAGGCUCAAGAGAGUAAAGGUGACGAUGUAUCUGGGUCUCCAAGGACCUAUCCCUCCGGAGCUCGGCCACCUCACUCGGAUCGAAGGGCUAUUCUUAUUCUCUAAUAACUUGGUCGGCGAAAUCCCGGCCGAGCUCGGCAGCCUCAAGAACCUCAUGUCCCUAGAUCUCUCCUUCAACCAGCUUACCGGCGAGAUACCGACAAGCUUCGCCGGUCUAAUCACACUGAAACUACUCAAUCUAGUUGGGAACAAACUCCAAGGCGUAAUCCCGGAGUUCGUCGGGGAAUUGUCUCAGUUGGAAAUCCUCCAUGUAUGGCAAAACAACCUUACCGGGGAGCUCCCAGCACACCUGGGCAAGAACAGCAGGCUGUUGGAGCUGGAUGUCACGGACAACCAGCUCAGUGGCACCAUACCGUCCUACCUCUGUGCCGGGAGGCAGCUUUGUUCUCUCAUUCUGAUGUGGAACAAGCUUUCUGGGCCAAUCCCUGAAGACCUCGGUAAUUGCAAGACCCUUGCCCAAGUUCGCCUGAACAACAACUUCCUCUGUGGUUGCAUUCCAGCAGCCCUUUUUUAUCUCCCCAUGAAUGACAUCUUGGACUUGAGCAAUAACUUACUCUCAGGGGAGCUCCCGGAGGUGAUCCCCAGUCCCGGGCUGAGUUUGUUGUCAGUGGCGUCCAAUAAUCUGUCCGGUCCUGUGCCGCCGGAGAUCGGCCAUCUCAAGAAGUUGUCCUUGCUCAACGCCAGUGCCAAUGCGCUCACUGUCGAUGUUUCACGAGAGCUUAGCCACUGUGAGUCGCUGAUAGUGCUAGACCUCAGUCGCAACCAGCUCACCGGUGAGAUACCGAAAGAGAUCACAAGCUUGAAGGUUCUGACAAUGCUAAACCUGUCGAGGAACAGAAUCUCCGGUGAGCUUCCGGUCGAGCUCGGUGAGAUGAUCGGCCUCUCGAAGCUGGACAUGUCCUACAACGACCUCAGCGGCCAUGUCUCGCUGCCACAGCUUCAAGGGGUGUUCACGGUUUCAGACAAGACAGACUUUGAAGGCAACCACGGCCUUUGUGUGGAGCACAUCACUGCCGCUUCAUGCCCCAUCCCCAGGUCGUUGCAGAGUUCAUGGCGUUUCAAGCCGAGGAUGUUGCUGUGGCUUGUGCCAACCGCCAGCGCCAUGGUGGUGGUCGUGUGCCUCGGACUAAGGUGGGGGCGCAGGGCGUGGUGGGAGACAGCGAAGCGGUGGCCUGUGACAUGGAAGAUGACACGGUUCCAGAACCUGGAGCUGGGAAUGGACGACGUGCUCCGGUGCCUCAGGGAGGAGAACGUCAUCGGAAGAGGAGAGUACGCGUACACGCUGCGGGUGGACGAGAAGACGGACGUGUACAGCUUCGGUGUGGUGCUGCUGGAGCUCGUCACGGGGCGCCGCCCGCUCGGCGACUUCGGCGACGAGAUCGACCUCGUCCACUGGGCGCGGAGCGUCGUGGCGAGACCCACGGACACGGCGGCAGUCCUGGCCGUGGCUGACCCGCGGCUGCCGCCAGAGCCGACCGGCCUGAUCGCUCGCCUCUUCAGGGUGGGCAUAUCGUGCGUCCGAGAGAGCAGCCAGGCACGGCCCACCAUGCGUGAGGUCGUGCACGUCCUCUCCAGCUUCGUCGUACCACCUGCGGAUCCAGCCUGCUCAGUUUCUGCUCUUCCCCUGUAA